UUGGCAAAAUAAUCAUGUCAUUGAAGUUGUGGAGGAUACCAGAAGACUGGGAAGACAUUAGGAACGGUGGCUGGACAAACAAAGAUUUCCUAGAGAUCCGGAACUAGAAAGCUACAUCAGAGAACCGAGCCAACUGUUGGUGGUGGCUUUUUAAUGUGCUCCACAACCAGAGAUGGGUUCUCAUGCCAGCUAUGAUUUUUGAAUCCCUCAAAACUUUAUAUUGAGUACAUGGUAUAUACACAGCUCCUUUUGCAGGCCUCCUUUGGGGCGUAUACAAAUCUGGCUGUGAGAUCAAAGUCAUCUGCAUAACCUAUAACCCUAUCCCAGAUUAUUCUAACAUUAAGUCGUAAUUUAAAAAUAAAUAAAUUAAUUAAUAUUUUGAUUGUGUGAAUAAUAGGAUGGACAUGUUGUUGAAUGUGGAAAACAUUUCGAACUGAUGGAAAAGAAAGGUGUUUAUUAUAAUUUGGUACUCUCACAAAGCAACAAAGCUCUGGAUAUUGAAGAGCAUUGUGUGACAGAAAUAGAUAAAUCAUUUAUUCAAAAUGGAGCUAAGCAUCUUAAUGUACAGGACUGGCUAAAUCAAAACAGACUUUCUUCAAAAAAAUCAGUUUAUCAGUUUUCUGAAGAUGUAAAAUACUUAACAUUACUACAAAUAACAAAUUCUCCUUGGUUGAUAAUAGUUACAGUGAUAGCUUGCCUUAUUGCCGGUUGCCAAAUGCCUACCUUUGCCAUUCUAUAUGGAGGUGUUUUAAGAUUAUUCGUGUUACCCAUAGAAGAAUUUGAAUCUCAGGUUAAGUUAUGGAGUGGAAUGUUCGGAAUAUUGUCAUUGGUUACUAUAAUAACAAUAAGUACUGCUGCUCUUGCUUCCUCUUCAGUAACAGAAAAUAUGAUAAAAGAGUUGAGAAUACAAACCUUUAAAAAUAUACUUUCACAGCAGCUAUCUUUCUUUGAUCAUAAAAAUCAUUCACCAAUUAAACUUACAAACAUAUUGGCAAAGGAACCUCCACUAGUGAAAAAUAUUGCAGGUUUAAGGGCAGGAAGUAUCAUUAUGACGAUAGUAACCACUGUUUUAUCAUUGGCUAUUGCUUUCUAUUCUGGUUGGAUGAUCACUUUAAUUGCAUUGUGUUUUGUUCCAUUAAUUAUCUUCGGAAACUGGAUUCAAAUGCGAAUGAAUUUUCGAUCCCAUAUUCGAGAAUGUGAAACAAGCGAGAAAGUAGCAAAAAUCGCAGCCGAGAGCCACCAGAACAUAAAAACAGUUCAGUUUUUAUGUUUGCAAGAACAUAUUCACAAUGUCUACACAAAUGAGCUUAAAAAGAGUUAUAGAGAUGAAAGGAAGCAGAGUAUUGUAUUGUCUAUAACAUUUUCCAUAGUCCACGCAGCUGUCUAUUUUAUGUAUGGAUUUGCAUUUAUAUAUGGUUCUAAUUUUGUAGCAAGUGGUAAAAUGACAGCAGAAGAUAUUUACAGGGUCCUGUUUGCAUUGAUUCUAGCAUCGACGAAUCUUGGCACAACAACGCUGUUUUUUCAGGAUUUUGGUAAGGCCAAACUAGCGGUGACUCAAGUAGUCAAACUUAUGACAACUGGGAGUUCCCUACCCAAGAGUGAUGAAGGUGAAAGACCAGAAAUAAAGGGGAAUAUACAAUUUAAGGAUGUAGUAUUUUCUUAUCCGGCUCGAGGGCACACUCAGGUUCUGACAGGAUUUAGUCUCGAAGUAACACAAGGUAGAACAGUCGCCUUGGUCGGUGGUUCAGGAUCAGGAAAAUCAACAGUUAUCGCUCUCUUAGAGAGGUUCUACAAUCCCAACAAGGGGCAUAUUUUAAUUGAUGGAACAGAUAUUGCAAAAAUAAAUGUUGGAUAUCUAAGAAGCCAAAUUGGCUUAGUGACACAAGAGCCAAUGCUAUUUGAUUGCUCAUUGAGAGAUAACAUUACAUACGGGAUCUCUGCUCUUGGAAGAAUAGUGACAGAUCAAGAUAUUAUAGAUGCAGCAAAAGCUGCAUAUAUUCAUGAGUUCAUUGCUAGCCUUCCACAAGGCUAUGAGACAAACAUUGGUGAGAGAGGUUCAAAGCUAUCGGGAGGUCAGAGGCAGAGAGUAGCUAUAGCAAGAGCCAUCCUCAGGAAUCCUAAAAUUCUGCUUUUGGAUGAAGCUACGUCUGCAUUAGAUUCUGAGAGUGAGAAGGUAGUGCAUGAUGCUCUAAAUAAUGCAAGAAAAGGACGGACAAGCAUUGUUGUAGCCCAUCGUUUGUCUACAGUCGAGAAUGCCGACCUGAUAGCAGUCAUGUCACAAGGUGUGGUUAAAGAAUUAGGCACUCAUACCGAACUCCUUCAAGUACGUGGCAUAUACUACCAUCUCAUUAAGGCCCAGUAUCACAAUUAAUGUCGUCAAUCUCUUUCUAUCAGCUAUUUAAUUCUAGCAUAUCAAAUAGAAAUAAAUUUGGCAUUUUAAAUUUUAUUUAGGGGUUAAAAGAUUUUAUUCAAUUUUAGGAUAUUAAACUAGUUUGUAUAGUAAACAUUUAAGAUUACGUUUUAAGGA